UUUGUUUAUCUCUUUCUUUUCUCAUCAUUUUGUUUCGUUUAUAAUUCUUGUUUUGAUGAUUAAAGCUUCACUCUAAUCAAAUAGUGUAAUACACGAUCAUGUUCACGUUAAAUUUUUGAAAAUCCUUGAAAACGAAAUCCAAUCAGAAAUGGUUCAUAAUAAUAUUUUUCUUAAUCCAUUGUUGCUUCAGGUGAGCUAACAUUUUCUCUCAUUGGAAAAUAUUAUUCAACAUAAAACAUUAAUGUCCAAAUUAUCAACUGGACAUUAUCACCAUCACCUUUGUCAUCAUCCUCACCAACAAAAACAACAAAAAUCUAAUCAUCAAUUACCAUCAGAUUUGAUUCUAUGUAAAAACGAAUCGUGUUGUGUUGAUACUCAGAGGAAAUCGUCAGGUUCAAGUAAUACCAAUACUAAUCAUCAUCAUCAACAAAGUGGAUCAAUUGGAUUAACAGUUGAUUGUAAUCAAAAUCAACACCAAUCAAUUCAUUCUCAACAUUUAUCAUCUUCACAAAGGAUCAUCAUUAACCCUUUAUCUCUGUUACCAAGUAAUUCUUUCCAACCAAUGAUCUCCCCUCCAAAUAGCCGAUCAGUUGAAAGCGUAGGAGAUAUUCGACCAGAUCUGGUAAAUUCUUUUCCCUCAGCUCGUUCAUCAACUAAUCAUGGAAAUAAUAAUUCCAAUGGAAACUCAAGUGGAUCCAUGAGUAACAAUGGAACCAACAGUAAUACGAAUGAAGAUAAUCCCUGUCAAACCUCAAGGAAUCCAUUUCCAAAUGUUUAUCCAUCAUCACUUAAUUCAACCUGUGUAUCCUCAUCAUCUCAAUCCUCAUCUUUAAACACAAAUACAACAACAAAUAAUAUCAACACAAGUCACAACAGUUCAUUUAAAUGCGUUUCUCAGCCUUCCUAUUCACCACCACCCUCACCAACAAGUCAACACACCAAUUCUAUUGGUACCUCUCCAAUACCCUUGGCUUCGGGUCCCGAAGUCACCGCAGAUCCCAAUUGGCAGGCGAACCGAACCAAUGUUCGUGAAAGAAACGCAGCCAUGUUCAACAAUGAUCUUAUGAGUGAUAUUACCUUCGUUGUAGGGCCAAGAGGGUCCCAACAAAAGAUACCUGCCCAUAAGUAUGUUCUUGCCACCGGGAGUGCAGUUUUUUUUGCCAUGUUCUAUGGUGGAUUAGCUGAAUCUUCAAGUGAAAUUGAAAUUCCUGAUGUGGAACCUGCUGCUUUUUUUGCUCUUCUCAGGACUCUCAAUGCCAAAGAAGUUUCCAUCUUCUAUGCAACACUCGAUUGGGCUAAAGUUGAAUGUUCUCGACGAAACAUUGAGCCAACACCCGAUAACCAAAGGAAAAUUCUGGAUAAAGCUAUACUUCUCAUUCGUAUACCAACAAUGAGUCUAGAAGAAUUCGCCAAUGGUCCAGCCCAAUCAGGGCUUUUAAGCCUUGAAGAGACGACCGACAUUUUCCUCUAUUUCACCGCUCGAAAUAAACCAAUUCUGUCUUUCCCAACCAAGAAGCGUUUAGGAUUAAAGGUUCAAAUUUGCCAUCGAUUCCAAUCAUCAGCCUAUCGAAAUAAUCAGUGGAGAUACAGAGGAAGAUGUGAUUCUAUUCAAUUUACUGUUGAUCGUCGCAUUUUCAUCGUUGGCUUUGGGCUUUAUGGUUCAUCUAACGCUGCCGCUGAUUAUAAGGUCAAAAUGGAUUUAAAGAGAAUGGGCAAAGUUUUGGCUGAAAAUAAUACAAAAUUUUUCUCUGACGGGUCGAGUAACACUUUUCGUGUUUUCUUUCAACAUCCUAUCCAAGUGGAAGCGGAAACAUUUUACACCGCAUCAGUUGUUCUGGACGGAAAUGAACUGAGUUUCUUUGGACAAGAUGGACUCAACGAAGUGACCGUUGAUAAAGUAACAUUCAACUUCCAUGUUUCAUCCGACAGCACCAAUGGAACCAAUGUUCAUGGUGGACAAAUACCUGAGCUAUUAUUUUAUGGAUCGAAAGACAAUUAACUGAACACCUUAACUAAUCAAAUUCUCAUCAAAUUAAAUUAACUGUAUCAUCGCUGCUAAAUGAUGAAAAUUGAAAAAAAAACAAAUUGUCAUCAUUAGAAUGACAAUUCUCGUCAAAUGCUUAUUCCAAUUCGUUCAAGUUAAUCACUCGUCUCUUAAACAAUCAAUUUUUUCCCCAAUCAUUAUUAAUUUUAAUUCUCUGUAUAAUUAUUCUGUGAUUUGUUUUCCUUUCUCCCGAUUUCCUCUGUUCAAAUAAGUCGAUAACUUAUUCUCAGUGGCAAUUAUUUUGUAAUUACUUUGGUAAUCUCUUGAUAUUUUUUUCUUUCUCUUCUUAUUUGAUUAACGUUCAAUUCAUUUUCCCUUUUCAUGAUUAAAUUCAAUCACAAUGUUAAAUAUACGAUUAAAUUGCGACCAUUAACUCAUAUCAAUGUGAAAAUAUAUGAGAUACAAUUGAAUAAAAGUGUAUCGCAAU